AUGUACCUGCAGAAAACGUUUGAGCUGGAGGGGGAGGCAGCCAACUCGGAUUUGAGCGGGGCUGACUUGGCAGCGGCUCAAAUUCACGGAUCUGCUCGAGGAUUGGGCCUCCGGUUCGCCAAAAGGUAUGAACAUCGCACAGCCAUCAAAUCGCAAGCUCUUGCAGAUUUUGUGGCUGACUUCAGCCCGAGUAUCCAACAUGAAGUCGACAAGGAAGUCAACAUGCUAACCGAUGAUGGACUCUCAUCCACAUGGACCCUACACACUGACGACUCCUCCAACAUACGGGGAAUAGGUCUAGCAAAAGAUUCUAAUAUGCAGGCCUACCUGGAAAUAGCAAAAAGGCUCGUCAACAAGUUCGAUUCAUGCACCCUGCAACAAAUACCAAGAGAUCAAAAUACCCAGGCUGAUGCCCUAGCUAACCUUGGCUCAAACAUCAAACCCAAGCUUACCUGCAUCCCCGUAGUCCACUUGAUGUAUCCAUCCAUCACAAAAGACAACUUACCCAUCAUUGAACAAACUCCACCAACCCAAAUGCCCACAUCAUGGCGCGACCCCGACAUACAUUGGCUCAAACACCAUACCAUCCCACCUGGAAUCACCCACGAAAAAUCCUUCCAUAUGAAAGCCUCCAGGUUCAUCCUAAUCCAUGGGGUACUGUUCAGAAAAUCAAUUGCAGGACCAUACUUGAGGUGCUUAGAUCAUGACGAGAUCGAGUCGACAUUGAGGAACAUACAUGAUGGUGAAUGCGGAAAUCACGCUGGAGGACGAAGCUUAGCCCACAAAACUCUAACCAUGGGAUAUUUCUGGCCAACUAUGAAGAAAGACGCAACCACCUUCUCCAGGAAAUUUCACCCUUGUCAAAGGUUCGCGUCCAUCUCUCACCAACCUUGUGAAGAGCUCCACCCCAUCUUGUCCCCUUGUCCCUUCAUGAAGUGGGGAAUGGAUAUAGUGGGUCCCUUACCACAAGCGCCAGGGCAACAUGUCUUCAUGUUAGCAAUGGCCGAUUACUUCUCCAAAUGGAUCGAAGCAGAAGCAUUCAAACGAGUCCGAGAUACUGAGGUCAUCUCAUUCCUCAAGAGGAAUGUCCUUAGUCGUUUCGAAAUUCCCUCUGAGAUCGUCUGCGACAACGGUUCUCAGUUCAUCAGCAAUAAAACCAAAGAAUUCUGUGGCAGGUACAACGUCACCUUACACACCUCAACACCGAGGUACCCUCAAGCAAAUAGCCAGGCUGAAUCAAGUAACAAGAUCAUCAUCAACAACCUCAAAAAGCGCCUCGAUGACGCCAAAGGUAGAUGGGAAGACGAACUACCUAUGAUCCUUUGGGCAGACAGGAUGACACCCAAGACAGCAACCAAUCAUACUCCUUUUUCUUUGGUCUUUGGUUGCGAAGCUGUCAUCCCUCCCGAAGUCGAGCUCCCCACAGCAAGAAGUAGUUUCAUGACACCAGGAAUGAACGACUCAGUCCUGUCCUACGACAUCUAUAUCGUUGACGAACUCAGGCAAGCAGCACUAGUCAGGAUGGCAUCCUACCAACUGGCAGUCGCAAACAGUUACAACAAGAAUGUAAGAGUUCGAGUAUUCCAAUAA